GAAGCUGCCGUUGCUAGGGCUUCACGUGGGGAUGCGGCAGCGCCGCUUCCCGGUUCCGCUGGGCCGGGCCUGGCGAUGGCGUCGCUGGGGCUGAGCGAGCGGGAGCAGGCCGGGUGCCGCCAGCUCCUGGAGCUGCUGGAGACCGAGGAGCUGCUGGCGCUGACCGACACCGUCACCAACCGCCUGGUGCACCCGGAGAACCGGCAAGAAGCCAUUCAGGCCAUUGUGCUUUACAGCCAAAGUGUAGAAGAGCUCUUGAAACGCAAAAAAGUCUAUCGAGAAAUAAUCUUUAAGUACCUGGCAACACAAAGAAUUGCAGUGUCUCCUUCCUGUGAGAAACACGUCCUCAUCGACCGCGUAAAGCAGUACUGGAGCGGGCAGUUAGCAACACAUGCCUCAGCAUCAGGGGAGAGAAAAACACAAGCAGAGAGUCAUGAAGACAGCCAAAAGUCACCGCAAGAUGGUAUUCGUAAUCUAGGAGAAGAAUUCUGUCAGUGGUUCUUUGAACUCCUGAAUUCUCAACAUCCCUUGGGAGUAAAAUCUAAAGAAGCGUGGGGACCACAGCAUUUUUGGGAUGAUGCCAAAAUGAAGUUCUCCUAUAACACUUUAGAAAAAAACAUGGAAGAAUAUGUUGGUGCAGAAAUGGUGAGCCUUCGUCUGCUGUCCUUGGUUAAAGAAGAAUAUCUUCUGUUCAACCCGAAUUUGCAUGCCAACGGACUGAAAUGUGCCAUGUCUCCGCACGGGUUAGUGGUGGUGGCAGUGGCUGGCACAGUACAUAGAGGCAACUCGUGUUUGGGUAUCUUUGAACAAGUUUUUGGACUCAUUAGCUGUCCCAUUAGGGAGAAUACCUGGAAAAUAAAAGUUACGAGUCUUAAAAUAGUUGGACAGAAUGCUCUGGAGCCUGGGAUGCCAGUUGAAAAACCCUCCAUACAGUACGAGUCAAACCAACUGCAAGAGUUAUAUGAUGGGAAAGAACUGAUUGUGUUUGAGCCUCAGAAAUUCUGAGCAGUUUUGCCUCAACUGAGUGACUGGGCGAGGGAGGAGUGGUUACAGCCAUGUGAUGCUGUCUCUUUUUUGAGUCCAGAUUGCUGGAUGACAAACAAGAGAUACAGUCUGAAGUAUGUAUACAGGUGAUGCUUUUGGGCACCUCUCCACGAGCUAACAGAUACUGCAGAGUGUUACUUUAAAUUUUGUACUGUAGUUAGGAACAGAGUUUGAUUAUCCUUGAUUACAAAACAUAGUUACAUUUAAAUAUGGGUUGGCAGCAGUAUGUAAUGAGCGGGAUGACUUGAGGUUCACAAGCUUUAGGUUGCUUCUUUUCAGGUCACCAGUUAAAACUCUUACCUGAAUUGUAACAAGAAGUCAUUGUGUCUGGCUUUUUGAAAUUGGAAUUGUUUGGUGUCUAAAUGGACAUCUGAGUCCCAAGGAAUCCAUGUGCCCUUUAGGGUUUUUUUUUGAGAACUGAUAAAAUAAUGUGAAUGGAGAUUGCU